AUGCAAUGCAAGAUGAUUGAUCAAAGUAGAGUGAAUCUGCGUCUGGCAAUUAACACGUUCAUUUUCAAAUUGAACUCGGUGCUGCAUUUCCUGUUGUGCUACAACCAAAUACACAGAACGUCUAUUGGCACAAUCUACUGCGUAUUAUCAGCUGAAUUAUUGGUGGAAAUAUUCUACCGUAACAGACGAGUGGAGUUGAAGAAGAUGACCAAAUCUUACGGAAUCAUCACAAUUCUCAUAAUCGUCCUGUUGCCUGUUUUUAAGAAUAUGACGUCACAUAUUGCAUCUGAUACAAUACAUUUGGUAUUUGGUGUAUGUUCGGUGAUAUUUACAAUUGAAUCAUCCAAGAACUACAUUUGUAGAAUCAACACAGGAAACUACGUCUUCGAUAGAAACACUCCCAUUCCAAUUGAUAUUGCAUUACUGAUUCCAUACAAGUUUCAGAACAAUGACACCGUUGGUAACGUAGCAGCUGCUCUGUCUCUAUUCAACAUCCUGUCUCGAAUCAGAUUGGAUUAUGAAGUGCUUUAUCUACUGAAAAUCGGUAUCCUCAUUUUCUACUACAUCCCAUUCAUGCAGAAUGCAAUGAAUGUGACCAUAAGCACCAGAAAGACUGUACGGGUCAUUCUGAUUUCCCAGGUUCUCUUCUUGCUCCUAGGAGAUUGGUUGUGCUUUGCUCUGAGUGUCUUUGCUCUUAUUCCAACAUGGCUCAUUCUUUUAUGCAUUAGUAGAUCUAUUUAUGUAAAAUAA